AUGGAUAUUGGUUGCUCGGGAACUGCUGUUCAGCUUAUACAACUCUUGGUCUGGUUUCUCGGUCUUCUUGGUGAUAGUGUCCUCAUUCAGAUCAUUCAUUCUGUCCCACUCAUAUGUAACUUUCUUACCUUUCUGGCCUUUAUUACUCUUGUUAUCUCUAUUAUACUUAUGACUAUCAUUGCUCUAAUUGUCAUCCUUGUCGCAUUUCUUACUUCUCAUCUUUCAAAUAUUCACCAAAGAUUGCUCUUGAAGAAGUGGGUUAUAGUAGUUCUAAUGAUACUGGCGAUAUUAAGAACGAAGUUGACUUGUAACGUUCGACUGUAA